AUGGCUUAUAUGAAUGCUAUCGGUUGUAGUAAAGGUCUCUCAAAUUCUAGACCUCCUCUAUUUGAUGGCACAAACUUUGCUACUUGGAAAACUAGAUUUAAAAUAUAUGCAAGAUCUCAAGGAGUCAAAGUUUGGAUGGCCAUAGAAGAUGGUACUAUUAUACCGAGUAAAAUUGUCGACGAUGUUACCAUCAAAAAGAAAGUAAGUGAAUACACUCACGAAGAAGAAGAUAGAAUGAAUAUUGCCGCAAAAGCGGAAAUGGUUCUUACAAGUGCACUUACGGAAAAAGAAUAUAAACGAAUAAACAAUUGCAAGUCGGCACAAGAAAUGUGGAACAAAUUAGUGGUAACCUAUGAAUGUACUACCGAUAUAAAAGAUUCUCGAAUGGACACAUUGAUCCAAGAAUACGAGAACUUUAAACUCCAAGAUGGAGAAAAUAUCAUCGAUAUGGAAACAAGAUUUACUCGAAUAAUCGAUGAACUAUCUCAACUCGGAAAGAACUAUACACAAAAUGAAAAGAAUCAUAGAUUUCUUAAAUCUUUACCUCCGAGUUGGAAAGUGAAAGUCACUACUAUUAAAGAGAUGCAUAAUCUCAAUGACUAUCACAUUGAUAACCUAUUCGGAAACCUUCGUGCUUACGAAGAAGAUAAUAUUCCGAAUGUUGUUGUUCCCAAAGUGGAAGACAAGAAGAAAAAUAUGGCACUAAAGGCUAUAUUAAUUGACGAAGAAGAAAAUGAUGAAGAAUUAAAUGAAGAACUUCAAAAUCUCGACGAAAGCGAAAUUGCUUUACUCAUGAGACAACUUCGUCGUGUGCUUCAAAGCAAAGCACAAAGGAUUCUCGUGGCCGAAAAUGGUUGGGAUUUAAGUGAAGAUGAGGAACCUCCCGAAGCAAGUGAAGAAGUGGUUAAUCUAUGUUUGAUGGCAAUUGAAGAUGCUACAUCAACAGAUCCUUCCACUACUAACCAAGAGGUAAGUAUUUCUGCACCAACUUUAGUUGAUAUUCCUCUUCUUAAACUCUCUAGUUUAAACUUGCUAAAUAUGGAAAAAGAUGAAUUGAUCAAGUUGCUAGUUGAAAUAAAUACUCGAUAUGACUAUCUUGAUCAAUUAUUUUUAUCUACUUGGUCCGAGAAAGAAAAACUUGAAGAUGUAUAUCAAACUCAACAAAAAGAGUUUUCUCGGAUAAAGGAAUCAAAUAUUAAACUUGAAGAACAAAUGGUAUCUCUUCAAGAUUCCUUUAAUCUUGACAACAACAAGACCAAGAAUGAAAUUACAAAAUUGGAAGUUGAAAAUAUUUCCUUGUUGUUACAAGAGGAAGAAAUGGAAGAUGAGAAGCUUAAAUUAAAUGAAAACAUUCGAAAGCUUCAUGUUGAUUUACUAAAUCUUAAAAUAUUAAACGAGUCAAUGACUCAAGAAAAAUCAACUACGAGUUAUCAAAAAGAUAAACUCGAAAAAGAAUUUGCUCAUGUCCUUGAAGAUAAAGAAAAAGAUUUUAAAAUAGAAACUCAAAAACUCAAGGAUGCUCAUUCAACAUCUUAG